GGCAACCAAGUUACGGUACCUCUUUCUUAAAACGGCAACAAAUCAACCAUAGCUUUAUCCUCUUCUCAUCUCAUUCUCAUCAUCGUCAAUCAGCUUAUCGUAUUCGAAUAUCUAGCGAAAUUAACUACAAAUUAGGGUUUAAGGUUUGCUAAUUGAAGAAAUUAACAAUCACCUGCACUGAAGAAUAGCUCUUGAAUUUGGACAAAGAAGCUGCUUUUCUAGUCAAUAUCCUUAUGUAGAAUAGUGUAUGACUAUGUCUGGAAAAAGUGUUUCUUACGCUUCACUCAGUAACGUGGGAAAGGAGGAGAAAAAAGUUCACUAUGAUGAUGACGAUGACUAUGUUGAUUCUGCGUGGACUAUGUCAGAAACUGACACCUGCCCUUCGGCAUCUCAGUUAGUGAAAGGUGCUUUAUAUCCUUACCUUGGUGAUUUUGAAGAUUAUAAUGACGGGGGAUACGAUUCAAGUGAGGAGCCUCCAAAUUUCUCACAACUAAAUAGAACUCCAGAUGUGAACUUGAAAAAUGUGUUGGCUGGGAUAUUUGCUAUUGUGACUGGACAGAACAAGGUUGAAACUAACGGUCAACAGUUCCCCACUUCUGAUGUUUCUUUCCUGGGAUCUGGAAAGAAUGGUGAUACCGUCUUGCAUUCAUCCGUUUAUAUUCCCAGUGCUCCACCUCUUCUUGAGGCUAGUGGGUGUAAUUAUAAUGUUUAUAAAGAUAUUUUAGAAGCUGAACCUCCAGAAUGGCUGCCAGAUAGCUAUACUUCAGUCUGCAUGCAGUGUACUGCUCCAUUCACUGCAGUUACUCGUGGACGACAUCACUGUCGGUUUUGUGGAGGCAUAUUUUGUCGGGUAUGCACCAGGGGGAGGUGUUUGCUUCCUGUUAAAUUUAGGGAGCGGAACCCACAGAGAGUUUGUGACCCCUGCUAUGACAGGCUGGACCCUUUGCAAGGGGUACUAGUGAACACCAUCAGCAAUGCUGUGCAGGUUGCAAAGCAUGAUGUGUCCGAUUGGACAUGUGCAAGAGGGUGGUUGAAUCUUCCUGUUGGUCUUUCCAUGGAGCAUGAGAUCUACAAAGCAUCUGUCACACUAAGGAGCUACAGUCAGGUUGCAAGAUUGAAUCCCGAGAGAUCUAUACCUUCAGCAAUUCUUAAAGGAGCUAAAGGCCUGGCAAUUUUAACUGUUGCCAAAGCGGGUGCUGUAAUUGCUUAUAAGAUGGGCACUGGUCUUGUAGUUGCUCGAAGAAUGGAUGGCACAUGGUCUGCUCCAUCUGCAAUUGCUUCAGUUGGCCUGGGAUGGGGCGUUCAGAUUGGGGGUGAGCUAACUGAUUUCAUAGUUGUGCUUCAUGAUUACAAAGCUGUAAAGACAUUCUGUAGUCGCAUGCAUUUUUCUCUUGGGGCUGGUUGUAGUGCUGCAGCUGGUCCUGUUGGAAGAGUGCUUGAAGCAGACCUCCGAGCAGGGGAUAGAGGAUCUGGUGUGUGCUACUCCUAUAGUUGUAGCAAAGGGGCGUUUUUGGGCGUAUCAUUGGAAGGGAAUGUUGUCUCAACAAGGAUAGACACAAAUCUACGCUUCUAUGGUGACCCUUAUCUCACAGCAGCUGAUAUUUUGAUUGGGACAGUGGAUAGACCGAAGGCUGCAGAGCCGUUGUAUGCUGCUCUUGAAGACCUUUACUCCAAAAUCCAACAUUAGACCUGUUGUUUGGAUGUAAUUUAUCCUAAUCUCACCUCCCAUGUAUAAUUUGUACAUAGUUUUUAUUGAUUACAGAUUUACAGUAUUUUACAUCUUAAUUUUAUCUGAUAGGCGCCCCAUACAGUAAAUAAGGGAGUGUUGUAUUUGUUUGAAUUGUGUAAAUGAUAUUAGGUGUUAAUUUCUUUUGCAACACUGCUGUGUAAAUAUUCUUUUGGUGAUUCUAAAAUACAGAAUCAUUGCUUAA